AGUGGUGUUCAAACCCACUGACAUGUCCGUGUUCUCCACUCUCACCAUCAAUGGACGUCUUUUUGCCUGCCGGGAGGAUCAGCUGGAUUCUUUGACCCCCGUGCCUGAGCAGGAGGGUCCGUCUGCAGGCUCUCUGUCCAGUUUUGAGUGGAUGAGUUCCAAAGCUGUUGCCUUCCAUUUGACGUUCUACGACUGGGAGCUUUUCAACUGUGUACACGAGCUCGAACUGAUCUACCACAUCUUUGGGAGACAACACUUGAAGAAAAGCACAGUGAACCUGGACCUGUUCCUGAGGAGGUUCAAUGAAAUUCAGUUUUGGGUGAUCACAGAGGUCUGCCUGUGCCCUCAGCUCAGCAAACGGGUGCAGCUUCUCAAGAAGUUCAUAAAGAUUGCCUCCCACUGCAAGGAUCAUAGGAAUUUGAAUGCCUGCUUCGCCAUCGUCAUGGGGCUGAGUAACCCGGCAGUGAGCAGGCUGAGUCAGACCUGGGAGAAACUGCCUGGCAAAUUCAAGAAGUUCUAUGAAGAAUUUGAAAAUUUGAUGGAUCCGUCCAGGAACCAUCGAGGGUACAGACUGACCAUUGCCAAGCUGGAGCCUCCCAUCAUCCCUUUCAUGCCACUGCUGAUCAAAGAUAUGACGUUCACUCACGAGGGAAACAGGACAUUUAUUGACAAUCUGGUCAAUUUUGAGAAAAUGCGAAUGAUAGCCAACACAAUAAAGAUUGUCAGGUUUUGCAGAAGCCAGCCCUUCAGUCCGGAGUCACCGCUGGCGAGCAAGAACCCCUUUGAGGUGCGUCGCUACGUUCGCCACUUCAGCGUGAUCGACAACCAAAGGAUGCUGACCCAGCUCUCUCAUGGACUAGAACCUCGCAGGUCUUAAUAGGGGUGAUGAAAGGGAAUGUUCACAGCGCCGAUUGCUUUAACUGGAACACGGACAAUGGCUUUGAGGACCCUGUCAGAGAUAAUAAGGUGCUUAUUAUUCCACAUAUUGAAGUUUGUAUUACUACUGUAACUUUACACGACAGUAACUCAAAGUAAAUAUCUCUUCAGGACCUUAAUAUAUUAUUGUGUAUUUCAGGUAUGUGAUGCUUUAAAUGUGCAAAGUCUCAAUAUUCCUGAUAUUCAGUUGUUUCCUAUCUUUUUGUAUGAAAUAUUAUUUAUACACAUGUCCGCUUGUUCUGUGUUGUAAAUUAUAUAUGAAUAUUUAUUUUCUCAUUGGCAUGGAGAUACACAUGUUUGACUCUUUCUUU